AUGGCCAUUCCAGACAGAGCUCAAGCGAAAGCGCAGAGAACAAGAAAUAAGAUCAUUCAUACAUUCGAUAUAAAAAACCUUCUGGGUGACCCAUUUGCCAUUUCUACAUUAUCGAUUGCUCUGAUCUCAUGGGUCAUAACAAUAGCUGGUUCUAUAUCUUCGGUGACAGAUGAUGAAACGUUUCCCAGGUUUACGUGGUGGGGGAUUGCAUACCAAUUUCUCUUAAUAUGUAUGCUAAUAAUAUUCUACUCGUACGAUUUAAUUGAUUUUUACAAGGGAUUUCUCACUGGUGCCAUAGCAGUGGCAUUUGUAUAUACCACCAACAGUGCUACAAACUUAGUUUAUGCUGAAGGUUCAAGAAAGGCUGCCGCAUCUGCUGGUGUCAUAUUAUUAUCUAUCGUUAAUAUCAUUUGGAUCUUUUAUUUUGGUGGUGACAAUGCAGCUCCUACGAAUAGAUGGAUAGAUUCAUUCUCAUUGAAGGGCAUAAAACCUUCUCCGUACCAAAGUUUAUUGUUGAGAUCUGCUCGCCGUCGUUCCAUGAAUAACAAUAACAAUCAUUCAAAUAGAAUUUAUAGCGACAAUAUGGAUUAUAAUAAUAAUAAUAUUGGUAGUCAAAGAAUGGCUGCAACAAAUAGUCAAUCAUUCUACCCUGCGGAGCCACAACACUAUGUUUCAUCUACUGCAUUGACAGGGUUUGAAAAUACCGAUCCAUCUCACUUUAAUUCCAAUUCAAAUAUAGCAGGAACACGCCAGACUGAUUCAAACAUUAAUAGUAAUAAUCUAAAUGAAAAUGUUAGCACUUUUAUGACGGAGACGUCGAAUGGUUAUACUGCUACAUCUAUGGGUGAUACGCUAGGGCUAUACAAUGAUUUGGAAGAUGAAAAUUUCACAUAUACUGUUAAGGCCUUAUAUUCAUACAAGGCAGAUGAUUCUGACGCUUAUGAACUUUCAUUUGAACAAGGUGAUAUUCUGAAAGUUUCAGACAUUGAAGGUAGAUGGUGGAAGGCAAGGAAGGAAAAUGGUCAAACAGGUAUUAUUCCAAGUAAUUAUGUCAAACUAAUGGACUAA